UUGUAAAUGUUAAAUUUCCCUCCAAAAACUAUUUUACUUUUUCUGAUUGGAUGCAGAAAAUGAGUUCUUUGCAGCUGGUACAGUGUAUUGAAACAGGUUAAUGAUAUGUAUAUUAUCCUACGGGUGUAGAUAAAAUUGAUACCGUAACCCUUUCAAAGUUUGAUAAGAUUGUACUUAUAAUGAUGUGUAACGUGACGAGAAAGAAUUUUUUUUUGUUAAGAUGACAUCGAUUUCAAAAAUUGAAAGAGAAACGCAUAGUUUUCAAAAAUUGAAUACAAUACUUGAUACAUUGGUAAUGGGUUUUGUAACAUUAGUUUAAAUUUUUUUGCGUAUAUUUAAGAAAAUGCUGAAUAAGUGAAAUACUUUUUAAAUAGGAUGACAUUAUUGAAUGAGAAGUGCAAAUCACCCCUCACCCCCCCCUUUUUUUUUGCAAUUAAUUGUAAGAAUGAAUCAACCCAUGGAUGUGAUAUGCUUUGACUCUGGUAAAAGGGCACAAAGCUGCUGACUUUGUAUUUUUUCACUUCUUUUGGAAAGGUUUGACCUAAUAAAAGUAAUUGCAUUUACAAUAAAAUCAGCUCGAUUAGAAACUUUUUUGACCUAAUGGGUCAAGUUAAUUUCUACUUUUAUUCAAUAUUUUUGUAUUAGUGAUUUCGGUUGACAAAUAAUUGUGCUAGUUCAAUUUAUUUUAACACAGAUUUACUACACUUCACUUAAUACAAUGAACUGUUGCUAAAAAAAGGGCACAUUUUAUGUCAUCAUGUAUAGGUCAGCUCUCUUCAAGUUUUGAAACUUUGGGGGUUCUUCAAUUAUAGGAUCAAUUACUACACCCGAUUCUCCAUUAUCGUUUUUGACCCUCUAAUGUUAUGAGGGUCACAAUUAAACUAUAUAAGUAAAGGUAAAAAUUUUAUCAGUACCGCACUUUGACUUCAUUUCACACCGAGUAUCUUUUAUUACGUGUUGAAUUGUAAAAAUGCAAUUUGCUGUUUUUCUCCUUUUCGGAAUUGUUGGACUGUCGGUCCAACAAUGUAAUAAUGUGAACCGUUGUUGUCGGGAAACCGCUCGCGGGUUUGAUUGCGCCGUGAAGAGGGAUCCAUGUUCCUGUAUUUCUCUGUGCGGGGUGGCAGACAACAAGAUUGUGGACAUUGGCCGCGCUACCCACAGAAUAUUUGCUUCAGAGAAAAUAAUUGUCCAUCAGCAGAGCUCCACAGUCUUUACAAGGAUGCCAUGUCAAGAACCGUCCAAUAGCAAUCGUGAGGCCGAUGAGGCGACAACCAGUAAGACCAGCGCCACCGGAGGGGAUGAUCGUAGUUCAUCUCCCUCCGAGGACCCCGUCCCCUCCGGUGAGCCUGUCUCCACCACCCUCCCCAUUCAGGAUACCAGUGAGCCCUCAGAGACUCAGAGGAGCGAGGCCCCAGCCACCAGCGAGGCCCCAGCCACCAGCGAGGCCUCAGCGACGAGCGUGGCGGCCACCGGGGGCCGCCACUUCCACACCGGCCUCCAGAGGACCCCCACACCCAGUAGUGGUACGCCCACCACCACCACCACCCCAGGGAGUUCCAGCCCACAGGAGGAGGCCGGUGUGGAGACCACCGGGGGCCGCCACCGCUACCCAGGCCGGGAGGAGGAGGCCACGACACCAGUAGAGGAGGGGGCGAGGUUUACAGGUAGAAUAGGUAAUUCUACCCACCCCUCCUCUACUGGUUCAACACCACCUGAUGUUUCGCCUAGUUCUACCACACUCAUAUUAGUCACAUCCAUUUCCAUUUCCAUCUGCCUUAUCAUCACCAUCAUAUUUAUUGUCAUUAGAAGAAAACGCCACACUACCAUCCAUAGAUUACCUUCACCAAUACCAUUUAUCCAGGAAUCCCCUAUCUAUACUCCACCUUCACCACCUUUAAGUAUUGACAUGUCAACGCCAUUACAUACACCCUCAUUGUUUUCAACCAGUACAUCAAGUUCAGAGAUAUCAUUAUUUGAUGUUUCAACGGUUCCUGCAGCAGCUUCUUCUAAACCAUAUUAUGAAGAACACUGUGAAAUGUCAACAUUUGGUAAUAUAAAUAGAAGGGUAACGAGAUCAAUGGUACAAAAGAAAAAAGAUUAAAUCAUUUUUUAUAACUCAGUUUUUUUUGGGAAGGGGGUGAUUUUUGGAAAAAUUUUUAAUAGACUUAUUUUUUUUCUGGGGAUGGUAGGGGUAUUUUUUAGGAAAUUUUGUUUACAGACUCAAAUUUUUUUUAUUUUGGAAAUUUUGGGGUAAUUUUUUAUCUAAAAGUAAAGAUAAGCUACUGCAGGAACUGUCGAAACAUCAAAAUACAGAAUGUUAACAUUUAUUCUAUGAAGUAUUUAAAAAGAUUUGAUAGUUUUGCUACAUUAUUUGAAUUAUUUUGUUAACUUAACAAUAAGUAUACAUUGAAUUAUUUUUUUUGUAAGCUUUACAAUAAGUAUAUAUGUAUGGCUGAGUUUAACAAUAAGUAUACAUUUGAAUUAUUUUGUAAACUUAACAAUGAGUAGAUUUGUAUGGUUGUGUUAUGUAAUUACACGCCACUUUUUGUUUUACUAAAAUUUAAAAAAUGUAUAUACUUAUACAUGGUGAUGUAUUUUUUUAAAAAAUAAAAUUAAGGAUGUGACUAAUUUGUAAAAACUAGGCGAAACAUCAGGUGUCAUUAUGUUAAAUUGAUUUUUUUAUGUUUUUUUAAUUUUGUUUUACAAAUUUUUACAUGUGCACAUUGAUGUGCCAAAUUGUUUUUUAAUUUUUACUUUAAAAAUAUGA